ACUGCCUACAACUAAUCAAAGAAGCUGAGAAGUUUUCACUUAUUGCUUGUUCGUUCCUCAUAUAGAAGCAGUUCUUGAUGCUGCUUAGAACUACUAUUGUUUGAUAGUAACGCACAGUACAAGGACAACUGAAGUGGCGAAGACAUUAUUUCGUUAUAAAAGCGUACAAAGUUUGACGUGAACGCAAAUUCCAGAAGUGUUCUGGAGGCGAUACGGGCGACAAUAUUUUUCUGGGUAAACGGGCACACUAGGUCGGAGACACGAUUGCUCGUUUCGGAAUGCCUCCGUACCGCUACCCAACGCAGAACUUCACGUAUGUGAGUUCGUGCGUCAAAUACAUGAUAUUUUUGCUUAAUUUCAUUUUUUGGCUGUUCGGAGGAUUACUGAUUGGCAUCGGUUUCUAUGCGUUCGUGGACAAAUGGCAGGCCACGGGACUCAUCAAGUUGGAAACGUUUUACGACAUUGUCUUGAAUAUUUCUCUGGUCAUGAUAAUUGCGGGUGGAAUCGUGUUCGUCGUUAGCUUUGCAGGAUGCUUGGGAGCUCUUCGGGAGAAUACCUGUUUAUUGAAGUUCUAUUCAUUGUGUUUGCUGAUGUUCUUCCUGUGUGAAAUGGCUGUGGCUAUUGUAGGAUUUGUGUUUCCCCACAAGAUGAACAUUGUGCUGGAGGAAUCGUUUACGGAUAAGAUCAUUACCACCUACCGCGACGAUCCGGAUUUGCAAAAUUUGAUUGAUUUUGCCCAGCAGGAAUUCCACUGCUGUGGACUCAGUAACGAUGGUUAUCUGGACUGGGGCAAGAAUGAGUACUUCAAUUGCUCGUCGCCGAGUGUGGAGAAGUGUGGUGUUCCGUACAGUUGUUGCAUCAAUGCAACCGACAUCUCCUCGGGAUUGGUCAACAUCAUGUGCGGCUAUCACAUCCAGCAGCAGUCGGUUGCUGCGGCCAGUAAAAAAAUUUGGACCAGCGGAUGCAUCGAGAUCGUGCGUGUUUGGGCCGAGCGGAAUCUCUAUCUGAUCGCUGGCAUUGCAUUGGGCGCUGCACUCAGCCAGUUGUUUGUGAUCUACCUGGCCAAAACGUUGGAAGGUCAGAUCGAUCUGCAGAAAAGUCGCUGGUCGUCGUGAGCUUACGUGGGCUGGGGUGGCGGACGAGCUGUUUAAGCGCGGACACAAUGAAUGGACUGAAAUGACUACCGAUUUAUAUUCCACUAAUAGAAAAGAGAUGUUCGAUGGAAUAUACUCUCGUCACAUAUUCGAUCGUAGCGCGGAGAAAGGCGUGAUCCGUUCACCACGCAGCUGGAAAUCUUUAUUGGUAUUCGAAGAAGCAAAAGUUAGCAAUAAGUGUUCCCUGCACAUCCAACUAUAGUUUAACGUUCACUUUACUUAAACUGGCGAAUAUGUACCGACAAGAUAUUCACAUUUCACGACAACCCAUACUUGUUAUUAUCUCGAGCGACUGGCUCAACCGAUGCAUUUUUUUGAGAAGAAGAUAUACGAUGCAUACUUUUAAGAUACGAUGUUGUUCCAAUGCAAAAACAGAAGAAAAAAAAAAUGACGCGCUCUAAGAUUAGCAUAAAAUGACUGAAUUAUUGUACCGCUGCUUCCGGUCGGUAUUCGUAAAAGUCCCCCACACCGCCCCUCCAAUCAACAAAUAGUAUUUCCCUUCGAAUGAAAUUUUUUUACGAGACUUUUGAUCUUCGAUCCACAGAACAUAGACUGGGUGAACGAUUAGUCAAGCUUACUACUCCAUUUUUAGUAUUACCAUCUCUUAUCGUUGCAAAUUUUGCACACGUUAAGAAAUUGUAAAUCUAUCCAUAAAUCUCACUUUUUUGAAACGUACUUUUCAGUUAUAGAUUUAGGAUUUUAACAUAGAGAACUAUGCAAUGCUCUUUCCCCGAACCACUCACUGUUUCGUGAAUCAUUGAAACGAAAUCCAAUAAUGACCACCAAGCAAACGGCUGAACGCAGCAGUUUCUCUGUUUAAUGUGCAAAAAGAAAACAAACAAAAAAAUACAUAAAUGGACAAGAAUUAAUAGAAGUAGUAAAUAUGUCAUUAUUUGUAAAGCUCAAAGAUAGCUAAUAGAGUUACGAACAAGCCAAUAACGAUAUCAAUAAAGAAAACAAUGGUGUCAUAAAAAAUGCAUGAUUAAUUCCACAGAAAACGAAACCGUUUAUCACUGCUAAUAUAUCCUGACUGUUCUGAAACACA